AUGGGACUAUACUUCCCAUCUGAAGGAGCCUCCAACAAUGAUCUCCAUCCACCAACUUCUUGGUUGUUUGCAAUGCAAGGAUGCAUGGCAUUUGGAGAAGCGGAUAAUAGCUUACCUAUUAAAGAAACUCGUAGUGAUCCGGUUAAUCUUGACGAUCAAAAUCCGACUGCAGAAAAGAUAUGUCGAGAUUUGUAUCGAACAAGUGACUUCUUUCAUCCAAUACUGCAGAAAUCAGCGAAUGAAUUAGCUACGUUUAAUCAUGAAAACCGAGAGCUUGGUUAUCACUCAUUCAGUAUAGAAUUUACAAAACCAACUUCAAGGAAGCCUUCAUAUUCUUGCUUAGGUGCAACAGUAGCGUGUAAAACACGCAUCAGAUGGACUCAUGAUCUUCACAAAAGAUUUGUCGAAUGCGUGAAUCGACUUGGGGGAGCUGAAAAGGCUACUCCAAAGUUGAUUCUUAAGUUGAUGGGUGUUGAAGGAUUAACAAUCUUCCAUAUCAAAAGUCACUUGCAGAAAUAUCGCAUUGCUAGAUAUACGCCGGAAUCAACACAAGGUAUAUUCCUUUCCUACUUAUUUUCUUUUUUCCCUUACAUUAUAUUCAUUUUCUUUGUUUUCUUUUCAUCAAUGAAUCUAACUGCAUUGCUUCAAUUGCAUAAUUCCGGUUUUUUGCUCUGCAGCGGCUUUCAGAUAGUAGAAACACUCAAACUGCAGCUUGACGUCCAAAGGCGGAUCUACGAACAAUUGGAGAUACAAAGAAAUUUACAGUUGAGAAUCGAAGAACAAGGGAAACAGCUGAAGCAGAUGUUAGAGCAGCAACUAAAUACAGACAACACUGUCAUUCUCUUCCAAGAAAAUGAGCCUAAAUAGAAAGAAUACAUAUAUAAGCAUACAUCACAAUGAUCUUAUUCAUGUUUAAAAUUAAUAGAAUCAUGCUUUUUACUCUACACUCUGACACAUUAAAUCUUUCUCUUUCGACUUAGAAGUGCUAAUAAUUAAAUUAUGUCAAGUGAUGUAUGACUGAACUAUUUGGGAAUUUACUAUGUACCUUACAA